AUGAUGACUUCAGCAAGUUCAAUAACGACUGAGGUGUCAGCAUCUACAAUACCUGAUUACUUCAAUUAUACAAUUAGACCCUAUGCAACAACCAAUACAACCACAACUACCACACCUGCAGCAGAACUACCAGCAACUCAAUUUGAACCACCUACAUUAGAUGAAUUAUUAGAUAGUAAUACACCACAAGAUUCUCAUUAUAAUUUACUGAAUUUUAUAACUUAUUUAACUAGUAUUCAUUGUCAAGAGAAUUUAGAAUUCAUUUUAGAUAUUAAUACUUAUUUAUUAUUACAUCCACCAACUUUAGUACAUUGGCAACGAUUAUAUUAUAAAUAUAUUGCUGUAGAUUCACCAUUUGAAAUCAAUUUACCAUGUUGUUAUCGAGCAUCAUUGUGUCCAUUAACUAAACCUGAUUUUACUUUGUUGAUUAAAUGCAAGAGAAGUAUUUAUGAUGAUAUUUUAAUUAAUUUAUAUCAUGAAUUUAUAAAAUAUGUUAAAGGAUGUGAAUUUCAAGAUUGUAAAUUAAAUUAUUCACCUCAAUUAUCACCUUCUCAAUCAAUAUAUCAUUCAUCAUCAUCAUGUUGUACUAAUGGAUCUAAGAUGAUUAACAACAAGAAAAAGAAUAAGAAGCAUGUAGCCAAAGAUGGCUAUGAUUAUUAUACUAUUCCUUCAAGUGAUUCAAGCAAUAGCACGACAGAAGAUUUGCCUACAUGUCCUCGUACUGCUAAUACUUCAACUACUACUUCAAGUACUUCACAUUGUAAGAGUAAUUCUUCUAAUAAUUCUAGAGGUAUUGCUCUUGGUUCUUCAAUUAUUGAUUCAAUUAAAUCAGUUGAUUAUAAAAUUAAAAUCAAGAAGUUUAAAUUUAGAAGAUCAAGUAGUGAUCAUAUUUAA